AAUGGUGAGUCUGCUGUACGUCUUUCCCAAGUCGCUAACGUCCCCCUUACCCCGUGCAGCACGGACGAGUAAAGGUGCGCAGCUCGGAAGAGAAGGUCGAAGCCGAGCGGAAGGAGAAAGCGGAGAAAGUUCGCGUCUACAGAGAGCUAACGACCCGGAUUUUUACCAAGCGUGCGUCGGGAGAGAAGGACGAGGAAGCUCUGAAGCUGACUCGAGAGGUGCUCAUCCAGAACCCCGACAUUUCUACUCUGUGGAACUACAGGAGAGAGAUCCUCACCUGCCUCCUCUCUUCCCUGUCGGAGGAAGAGGCGCUGAAGGCGUGUAGUGUGGAGCAGUCUCUGACGCAGCAAUGCUUGCGCGUUAACCCCAAGUCUUACUGCAUCUGGCUACACCGACAGUGGGUGUUGGACCAUUCACCACGACCUGACUGGACACACGAGAUCGGACUCUGCGACCUCUUCCUCAAGUAUGACGAACGAAACUUCCACUGCUGGGACUACAGAAGGUUCGUGACCUCAAAGGCUGCGGUGCCACCUUCGGAAGAGUUCUCUUUCACUUACGACAAGAUUGCUGCCAACUUCUCCAACUACUCCGCCUGGCACUAUCGCAGCAAGCUCCUCCCCCUACUCCACCCAUCUCCCGAUCACUCUGAGGGCGUGGCCGAGACAGCUCUCUUACAAGAGCAUGAAUUGGCGCAAAAUGCAUUCUUCACGGACCCAAGUGAUCAGAGUGCGUGGCUGUACCACCGCUGGUUGCUGGGGAAGACGGAGCGACCGACUGCUGUGGUGUGCCUCCUUAUCCGCUCAUUGCCUCAGCCCGAAGCCUUUGUCACCUUCAACCAACCAAUCAAGGGGGCUGAGACUGUGGGUAUGGUUGUUGCAGAAUCACCUGUUUUACUUACCGAGAAAUCUGAUUGGCCGAAAUCUCUUUGGAGGUUCCCUCUGAGUGAUGAUGUAAUCCCUAGCAACGAGGGGGCUUUCACCGUUACCGUCGUCUUUGGGGAAUCGAGGGAGGUGGUGAGUUUGUGCCGGUGUGAGGGUGAGGAGGAGGAGGGGAGGUGCUGGGUGGGUGGGCGUGGUCCCGUGUUUGGCUCCACCCACACGGCGGCGACCUCGUCAGUGCUGGCAGCUGAGCUGGACAGCUGCAAGGAGUUGCUGGAAAUGGAACCUGACAACAAAUGGUGCAUUCUGACUACCCUGCUUCUCCUGCAAGCUCUUGACUGGCUGGCAAACUCCACCCAGAUAGGGGACAUGUUUCGACGACUCUGCGAGGUGGACCACUAUCGCCAAGGCUACUAUCAAGACAUGUUGAGUCGGUUCACCAUUGAGUGUUUGGUGAUGGGUGUGUUUCAAGAUGGCCUCUCCCCUGUCUCCCUGUCCUCUCUUGACCUCUCUGGGAAGGGCCUAUCACGCCUGUACCACACGGACUACAUGCUCACCAUCCGGACACUCAACAUCUCCAACAACCAACUCUGCUCUCUCAAUCACAUCGAAAACCUCGUCUCCCUGGAAACACUCGUUGCCGACAACAACCAAUUGCAGGGGCUCCCCCCUGGAACCGAGAAGUUGCAGAUGUUGAAAGUUCUCUCUAUUAGGAAUAAUCAGGUGGCUGACCCGAGGCAGCUGCACUGUGUGAAGGUCGUCAAGGUGCUGAGAUUACAGGGAAAUCCCCUCUGUGACAGUCAAGGCUGGGAAGGACUAGUGACUAAAGAAUUGACUUUUCUUGAACAACUCAAUGAUCUCACAAUUAGCCCUGAAUUGCAAUUGCAAGGUCCAGAAAACAUUUUGUUGAAGUGAAAAAAGUGAAGCUGGCGUAGGACAGCGUAUGUGCAUCUAUAGCUGGGAUAUAUACACACGUAGCUAUAUAGUGCACGCUGUGUGUUGUAACACGAACUUUCAUUUUCAAAAAGAAA